AAGGAUCAGCUAUAGUCACAGCUGAUUUAGCCCCUUGUCCUCGUUUCACACUUAGUUUUCGAGAAGCACGCCGGUUCAUCAUGAUUGAAGACAAUAAGGAGAGCAGAGAGCAUUCCCUGGAAAGGGGAAGAGCGACGCUCAUUUUUUCCUUAAAGAACGACGUUGGAGGACUAAUAAAAGCCCUGAAAAUCUUCCAGGAGAAGCAUGUGAAUCUGUUACAUAUUGAGUCUCGAACAUCAAAGAGAAGAAACUCAGAAUUUGAGAUUUUUGUGGACUGUGAUAUCAACAGAGAACAACUGAAUGACAUUUUUCAUCUACUGAAGUCUCAUACCAGUGUCCUUUCUGUGAAUCCAUCAGAUGAGCUGACUGUGAAGGAAGAUGGUAUGGAAAUGGUUCCUUGGUUUCCAAAGAGGAUUUCUGACCUGGACUAUUGUGCCAACAAAGUUCUGAUGUAUGGAUCUGAACUAGAUGCAGACCAUCCUGGCUUCAAAGACAAUGUCUACCGUGAAAGACGGAAGUACUUUGCAGACUUGGCUAUGAAUUACAAACAUGGGGAUCCAAUUCCUAAGGUUGAAUUCACUGAAGAGGAGAUUAAGACCUGGGGAGCCGUGUUCCAAGAACUCAACAAACUGUACCCAACCCAUGCUUGCAGAGAGCACCUCAAAAACUUGCCUUUGCUUUCGAAGUUUUGUGGAUAUCGGGAAGAUAAUAUCCCUCAACUGGAAGAUGUCUCCAACUUUUUAAAAGAGCGCACAGGUUUUUCCAUCCGGCCUGUGGCAGGCUACCUGUCGCCAAGAGACUUCCUGUCGGGUUUAGCCUUUCGAGUUUUCCACUGCACUCAGUAUGUGAGACACAGCUCCGACCCCUUCUAUACCCCAGAGCCAGAUACCUGCCAUGAACUCUUAGGUCAUGUUCCACUCUUGGCUGAACCUAGUUUUGCUCAGUUCUCCCAAGAAAUCGGCUUGGCAUCACUCGGCGCUUCAGAGGAGGCUGUUCAGAAACUGGCAACGUGUUACUUCUUCACUGUGGAGUUCGGGCUGUGUAACCAAGAUGGGCAGCUCCGAGUCUAUGGCGCCGGCUUGCUUUCUUCUGUCAGUGAACUCAAACAUGCACUUUCUGGACAGGCCAGAGUGAAGCCCUUUGAUCCCAAGAUUACCUGCAAACAGGAAUGCCUCAUCACAACUUUUCAGGAUGUCUACUUCGUAUCAGAAAGCUUUGAAGAUGCAAAGGCGAAGAUGAGAGAGUUUACCAAAACAAUCAAGCGUCCAUUUGGAGUGAAGUUCAACCCAUACACACGGAGUAUCCAUAUCUUGAAAGAUGUAAAGGGUAUAACCAGUGCUAUGGAUGACCUGCGGCAUGACCUGGACGUUGUCAGUGACUCCCUUGCUAAAAUCAGCAGGCAGCAAAGUAUCUGACAGUCACCUCUCCUGACCCAGAAGGCAUUGAGCAUCAUUUCAGAGGCCUGGGGGCCAACUCUUUAUUUUUCUGAAGAACGUGGAGGGGACAAAAGGGGCAGCAAUUUCUAGCCAAACCACAUUCUGUCAUCUCAUCUUUUAAUGCAUCACUAGUGUAGGUACAUUUACACUUAGAUACUCUAUCCAAUCACUCCUCCCCGCUCCCUCCCUCUCUCUGCUUGAUAGUUUUAUUGAGAUAGAAUUCACAUAUCAUAGAUUUCACAGGUCAUGGUUUUUUACAGAGAAUUUAGGUGACCUAAUGGAGCUAGUCCCAGUCUGAUUCUAUUUCCCCAUUCUUUCUGGAGUAAAAUGACUUUGGUGAUCAGUUGGAAUACUUCACUGGGUAUUAAGGAAUUGACUGGUACUGGUUCCUGAGAUCUCAUUUCUAAAUAUUUAUGCCUGAAUGUAUAUCAAGAUCUCUCAUGUUCUAUGCCUCAAGCUUUUGUUUUUGACCCUGUUCUUCCUCUGCCGUUUUCCCUUGGGAACGUCAUCAACACUCAUGACUUCAGUUCUUCUUUCAGUGACUUCAUAUUUGCAUUUCAAACCCUCCCAUACGUUUUGAAAAAUUGUUUCUUACUUCCAGCUGCUUGCAGCACACUUGCAUCCGAGUGGCCCACAGAUUAGGGCCAUGCUCAACAACUUCGUGUGGCGCCACUCACACAGGAGGAGUUGGGGCUGCGCAAUACGCAGCCCUGCCAGAUAGCUUACACUCAGCAGGUCCAAAGGGAACACAGAACCACUUUAUUAUUAUAUUUCAUGAGCUUCCUUUCCCGGUCAUCACAUUUCUGUUAACGGUAAUGUAUGGUCAGAGUUAUAAUUUUGGCCAGUUUUCCAACUUUAGUCAGCUACUUAAAAAAAAACAAUGUCCUUAAUUUUUUUUUCACCCGAGUAGGUGAAAUUGUAUACUAUUUAACAUACUACUUAACAUUUCAACAAACCACUAGUUCUCUAAAUGCUUUUUCGAUCUCAAAAGAAAUUAGAAAAACCUUUUACGAAAUAUAUUUUAUUUUUUGUUAUCCUAGGAAAUAGAACCAUGAAGAAUAACUCAUAUUAUUUUAGAUUUGAUAUUACUUAGCAUUUUAGUAGUGAAUCAGCUAUAGACCUAAAUUAGUGGAUAAAAAAAUUAUACAAUGUAAUUAUUUACAUGCUUAUAGUUAGUCCAAUCAGUUGCAAGGAAAUAUUAAAAGUAAAUCAUAACAGAGCUGGAUCCCAGCAAAUUGUGUGUGCUGUAUUUGGUUAUUUUCAUGCAACUUAACCAUAGUGAAGCAUCAUAGUUACUAAAUUUUAAGGUGAUGAUACUUAAAAUUGCUCUAUGAGUAAAGCACAUGAAGAUAAAUGUUGAAAGUACAACCCUUAUGGUUCACAACUUCAGAAUAAUCGAAAUGGUUAA